GACAACUGCUGGCAGGUGCAUUUUUUUAUUUUUUAUUUUUAUUUUUUUAGCCUUUGAAAACUGGUUUGUUUGACGAACCACACCAAGCUGCAAUGUAAAACCACAUGCUUUCCUCAAAGUUCUGGUCGCAGACGGCCAAACAGCGCCCCCUACAGACCAGUCCUGGCCUCGGAGCAUAUAAGCACCAGCAGCGUGUUUCUCGGUCAAACAACAAACACAUCCUGAGCCGCUGCGAGCCGCAGUCCGCUGCCGGUGCUGCAACAAGUCGUCUACUUGACUGACUACUUUAUGUUCGCCCUGAAAUCAUCGGGCGACAACCCAGAGAGAUGCUGCAGAAAACUUUGGGAUCCAUUGUGGGUCUUCUUUGUACCGGGACCUGUCUGGCUCAGGGAAAGGGAACGUGUUUGGGGGUAAACAAUGAAUAUUAUCGCUGUGAGAUGGGGUACUGCUGUGGCGAGACAGAAUGCUGCACUUACUACUAUGAACUCUGGUGGUUCUGGUUAGUAUGGUCUCUGAUUAUCAUGCUCAGUUGCUGCUGUGCCUACCGACAUCGGAGAGUUAAAAUGCGUAUGCAACAGGAGCAACGGCAACGUGAGAUCAGCCUCAUGGCCUACCAAGGAGCUUCCAGUUCCUUUAUUUCCCCUCCACCUCUCAGUUUAAGGUUCUGGAAUGACUACAAGCUUCCAGACUAUGAAGAAGUUGUAGCCCAUCCUCCAACUCCACCUCCUCCUUACUCUGUAAGCACUUCGGAGUCAACAUCAGUUCUCCCUACUCAGCUGAACCAGUCAGACACGGGGUCCAUGUCACAACCACUGCCUGAGGCAGAGCCGAGGAUGGACUGUCAAGCUUCAGGGUCAUCAGCAGAGCAGGAGGCGGAGUUGCUCCCAGUCCAGGCACCGCGUCAGGCAGAAGAGAACGCAGAGGAAGAUGAGGAGCUUGUUACUCGACGCCGUCAUGUGACCGGAGACUCAGGGAUUGAAGUUUGCGUUUGCCGCCUGGAUACAUACGACGGCACAGGGCUUGAGGAGGAAGGUGAUGAAGAGAACAGGGUGUGCAACAUCGCCGACAGGGGCUGCUGUUCCGGUAACCAGCCAGAAACCUUCAGACAGAAGGAAUGCACCUCAGAGGUGUCUGGCCAUACCGCCAACGCCAGUCCAGGAGACCACAUGGUGUGACCCACAGUGUAACUAACCAGCCUACCAGUGCAGCUUCCUGCUUCUCACAGGGUGAUAAUUGUGGCCAUCGUCAUCGUCAUCAUCAUCAGAACUGUCUGUGCUUUAAUACAUAUACACAGUGUUGUGCUAGUUACUGAAAAAUAGUAACUAGUUACCGUUACUAGUUCAUUAAAAAGUAACUCAGUAACUCAGUUACUAGACCAAAAAGUAAUGCGUUACUAUGAAAAGUAACGUUUUAGUUACUUAAAAAAAACAACAUUAUUUUAAAUGCUCCCAUUAAUGCCCCAUUGUCCCUCUAGCCUUCAUUUCAGCAUGAUACUGUAUGGAUUUGCAUCGUGUUCUGCAUUCUGAUUGGCUAAACAGUCUCCCCGCUUCUUCACUUCCUGUGUCAAUAACGUUGGUCGCUUAGCAAUAAUGCCUGGAACGGCCAAUGAGUUUCAGCAGCAGCUCAAGAACGGGAGUCUUUGAUGAAUCGUUCAUUAGUUCUCAGAUAUAAUCCAUGGUGACAUGUCGGUUUAUAAGAAUCUUUUUGCCCAGAAGAAAAAAAGAGCGACAACAACUACCUAUAACUAUGUUCUUCUCUCUAAAAAAACACCUGCACUGCAGGCUUUAGAAGAAAAAGACGCUGCAGAGCAGAGUCAGGAUGCAGCAGCGCAGUCAGAAGAGCAGUGAAAUACGUGCGAGGUGGUGCUGAUCUCCGCAAUUUGAAGCCUUGUAUAAAAUAAAAGGUUCAUACUUCGCGCAUUUCACUUAUCACGGGUUCCUUUUAGAACGUAACCCCCGCAAAAAACGAGGGAUUACUGUAAUGACAAUAUCUCCACGUUGCGCAACUCGCCUUCUCUUGGCUCGCCAUGACCGUCAUGUUUUUGAACGCACACACAUGCUCACUACGUUUCCUCUGGUCUCCGUGUGUGGGGAAAGAAAGCUUCACUGUAGCCAGAAAUAACGGAGUAACGCACCGUUUGGUAACGGUAAUUGAGUUACUGAAUUUAAAAAGUAAUGCGUUAGAGUAUUAGUUUCCGCCCAAACUAACGGCGUUACUGUAACGCGUUACUAAAUAACGUGUUAGUCCCAACACUGCAUAUACAUGAAAUUUAAGAUGAUGAUGAUGAUGACGACAUCUAAUCUUCUAUGGCCCCUAUUUAGGACAGAUAAAUAAUACAUGAGCAGACUCCAGGCUUUCUUUCCUGUCAUUUUUGUUAAUGGAGAAAGCAGCAAUUACACAAUGUUACUCUGUUUGGAUUUUUUCUUUCCCCCUGUAGUAUUAAACAUGAAAACAUCAUUAAGUGGUGGGAAGACAGCAGAUGAUUGUGACUGAAUCCAAAAUUGACGGUUUCCCUUGCCCUUUCCUUCAGUACUGCUGUCAUGUUUCCUUUUCUGUCCCGCCGCUCUCAUACGUCAGGACAUUUCCGUACAGCCUUCCAGCUGACAUUUUACCUCCAGUAGGAUGGUCCACCAGAAGCAUGCCAGCUCGGUCAACAACAUUUCUCCCUUAUCCCCGCUGUGACUUAGCGGACGAGUCAAAAACAAACCACUUGAAAACUCAGCAUUAAAUUGGAUGAAAUGAAAAGCGAAUAUGUUCAUUUUCUCCAAAGCUGAGUGCGUGUUUCACCGUGUGAUACAAACCAAUGUUUGGCGUUAUCUAAUGUGAAGGCUGUGGAUCUCCAGUGGGGGAGACUAAACACUGCAGCAGCGCAGAGUUCAGACUUUCCUGGUUGGUUUUUCAGAUUUCAAUGUCAUGCUGACCCUUCUUAAAUUUGAUAUUCACAUUGUUGUCACAUCAAGUGUGUGUCCACUAAUUAGCAUGAUGUAAGAGGUGCUCAGCAUUUUCUCGCUUUAUUAUGUGCGUGUGUGUGUGUGUGCGCACCACACUCACUCACACACAUAUACACAGACAGACACAAGUUCCUGACUGCAGUAAAUUAAUAGAAUAACAAAAUGGGCUAUGCCACCAAGUUUUUCAGUCAAUAAAAAGCCUUUUUGUGGCUCUACAUUAGUGUA